AUGGCUCUCAUCGAUGCGCAAGUUCACUUCCUAGAGGAACGUAUUGUGCUGGUACACAUCCCGCUGGAGCUGUACCCCUACUUCGUAAAGUCUGUCAUAAGACUCAUCUUUGAUGAAAUCCCACCACUGGAAGACGAGACAGAUGACGAUGCUGCAUUUGAUGAUUUCGAACAUGUUUCGGAGCAUGGCUACAAGCCACCCGCAUUGAUGAAUGUCUCCAUCACUCCAGUCGAAGUCUCGGUCAUGUGUCCAAGACGUCUGGUCGACAAAUAUUUUGCCCCGGUCUUGGACCAACUCGAUCAGUUGGAUGUCUCCCUCCGCUCACGUCUAGUCGUGAGCGAAAAUGACUACAUUGCCAUGCAAGUCCUCGGUCAAGGCCUAGAGGCCGGCAAGCGGGUCUUGGAAUUGACCAGUCCACUGGCCCUCGCAGGAAUCUCCAUCUUCUUCAUCUCAACCUACUUCUCCGACUACAUAGUAGUCCCGCAAAAAAAGCAAAGCAAGCCCUUCAUCACAAACCCCCUCAGCCCAACCAUCGAAAGAAGACUCAGCGACCUCAUUCCCCCAGGAACACCUCCCCCCUCAACUCUAGCCGAGCUUCAAACCCGCACCUUCAACAAUCUCCGCAAACACCAAAUCACCCCAUCCGUAGAUCACUCCCUGCGUCUAGUCCAAUGCGCCGCCCACCACGAAUACCACACCCAAGAAUCAUCAAUGUCCAUCCUCCGCGACGCCCUAACAACAGUCCUCCUCAUCGAUGAACCCCGCUUUCUUUCCUUAACCCUCGCAUCCCUCGAUCCAGCAGCCUCCCUCCUCAUAGAGAAGCGUCUCCUCCCCCGCUUCGCACGCCAUUCAUCUUCCUCCGGAUCAAAAUCCUACGAAGACGGCUCCGGUCUCCUCCUAGGCUCAAAAGAAGACCAUCUCAUCCCAAUCACCCUAGAUCUCCGCGACCUGCCCCUCGAAGCAUCCGGUAUCGUCUGCGGCGUCGCAGGUCGUCUCGCUGACGCAGCUACCACUUCUCAUCACACUUUCUCGGAUUCAAGCGUCGGAAGUGGUGCUAGUGGUAUUGUCGGAUCCGUGCCUCAAUUUUUUGAUUCUUUCGGGACACGGCUGGCCGCUCUUGGAAUCGAUAAAUCACAUCUUACCUCGACCUCUGCGCCCUCCCAUGGAUUACAUCCCUUGCCAUCAUCCACGCAUCAUCUCCAGCCUGAUGUGGAUGUCGCGGGUGCGGUCGAGAUUAGUUUCUUGAGUACGGCGCGCGCGGGUACGAUUAUUGUUGGUGAGGAUGAGCUUAAGAGGGCGAUUGAUGCUCUUGAGGAGGAGAAGAUGCAGUCGCCUAAACUUGGGGGGAUUCGGUUGGACUCGUAG